AUGCUAAGAUCAAUAUUUCUACCGUUUGUAUCAAACUAUAAGGGUGGCCAUAUGCGGAUUAAAAAAUCUAUUGCCAUUUUCAUGCCAAAUUAUUGCAAUUAUGAAAAUUAUGUAUUUAGUCGGGAUCAAAGAUAUUGCUCCUCUGACACAAAAUUUGUUCCAAGAGCAAUUAAAGCAACAGCAGCCUCCAAAGAUGAAGCUAGAGAAUUUAUGGGGAUAUUCCCAGAUUUAGUAAGAAGCAUAACUGAUUCUAUAGGGCACAAUGAUGGGCCAGAAUUAGCGAGAUGGUGUACAAAGUUAUUGCAAUAUAAUGUUCCAGGAGGAAAAAAAAACAGGGGUUUAGCUUUAGUUGUGACAUAUAAAUUACUGAAGAAAAAUGUUUCGAAGGAGGAAAUUUAUUUGGCUCAAAUCAUGGGAUGGUGCAUUGAAAUUCUUCAAGCAAAACUUCUGAUAGCUGAUGAUAUAAUGGAUAAUUCUUUAACUAGAAGAGGUCGUCCAUGUUGGUAUUUAACUCAUGAUUUAGGAACAAAAGCCUUAAAUGACGCACUGCUUUUAGGAGGGAGUUUGUUUCAAGUUCUGAAAAUGUAUUUUAAAGAUAAAAGUUAUUACAUUAAUAUUUUAGAACUAUUCCACGAUGUUAUGUUAAAGACAUUUUUGGGGCAACAUUUAGAUACUCAUACAAGUUUAGAUAUUUCAAAAGAUUUAAAUAAAUUUACAAUGGCAAGAUAUAAUUUAAUUUGCAAAUAUAAAACAUCUUACUAUUCGUUUGUGCUACCUAUAGCUGCUGCAAUGUUUAUGGCAGGAAUAGAUGAUCAUGAAUUACACAGACAAGCCAAAACAAUUCUUUUGGAAAUGGGUCAUUUUUUUCAAGUUCAAGAUGACUAUUUAGAUUGUUUUGGGGAUCCUGAUGUAAUGGGGAAACAUGGUACUGAUAUACAAGAUGGAAAAUGUACAUGGUUAGCUGUUGUGGCAUUGCAAAGAAUCAAUAAGAAACAGCGCAAAAUUAUGGAAGAAUGUUACGGCCAUACAGAUCCCCAAAAAGUAAAUAAAAUUAAAAAAUUAUAUGAAGAAAUUGGAAUUCCAGCUACUUACAGCACUUAUGAAGAAGAAACUUUUAAUAUUAUAUCAACUCACAUUCAACAAAUAUCACAAGGUUUGCCACACGAACUUUUUUUGACACUCAUGAACAAAAUUUAUAGGCGCCAAAAUUAG